UGUGACAAAUCCGGCCGCGUACNUGUUGAUGAGACAGUAACAACAACCACUACUGCGCCCUCGACCAGUGUGACAAAUCCGGCCGCGUACUGUCAAUCGAUGCAACAAAGUGGUCGCUUUCCGGCCGGCAAUGGACAGACUACCAGCUGUAGACAGUAUGUCUAUUGCUUUAUUAAUAACGGCGUCUGGAGUGGAGCGCUGUACACCUGCCCUGGUGCCACAUAUUUUAACGAAAGUUCGCGUCUCUGCACAGCCGUCAUACCAACACGUUGCGUCGGUACCACCCGGGUGUUGUCACUCAGGAAUAUGGAUGUAGAUUUCGAUUGA